UUCACACACUGCAUUACUAGUACACUACUUACAUAGUUGUAAACGACUACUGGACGCCACCACACUACGUACCUACACCCACUGCACAUUGAAUGAAUGACUGCGACAAUGACCCGUCAAGAUGCCCAACCCAUCCAUCAUCCAUUCCUUUACGUUGCUUCCUGGCACCUUCUUCAUACACCCAUUACCAUAGUAUUAUAUCUCUAACCGAUUUCCCCAUCUUUGCUGCAACGCAUCGAAACUAUCUCCGUGAUGAUCUUCCUCAAGCUUCCACUGCUCUUGGGCGCCGUGAUGCUGGCCAUGAUGGGCGGCUCCGGCGUCAUGGCCGCCACCAGCCGCCCUCUUCGGUGCAUCAUGUAUUUGACUGGCCAGCACCCGGUUGCGCCCCAAAUCGACCAGCUCGACCAUGUCACGCAUGUUGCCCUGGCAUUCAUGAGUCCCAGCAUCUUCAACGAUCCUCUGAACCAAGAAUGGCCUUUGUUCACCACCGUCCAUCAUGUCCGCCCCCGCUUCCCCAACCACACAAAGGUCUUGAUCGCCAUUGGCGGCUGGGGCGACACCAUUGGCUUCUCCGUGGCCGCCCUGAACGACGAAACGCGCACUCUGUUCGCCGCCAAUGUUGCCAAGAUGGUGGAGGCCACGGGCGCUGAUGGUGUCGACGUCGACUGGGAGUACCCCGGAGGCAACGGUGAAGACUACAAGCAGAUCCCCAACUCGGACAAGCGCUGGGAGAUUGCCGCCUACCCCCUCUUGCUCCAGGAACUGCGCUCUGCCCUCGGCCCCGACAAGGUCAUCUCAGCCGCCGUUCCGGGCUUGCACCGCGACAUGCUGGCCUUCACCCGCGAGACCGUCCCCCGCAUCAUGCGCCAUGUCGACUUUCUCAACGUCAUGACGUACGACAUGAUGAACCGCCGCGACACCGUCACCAAGCACCACACCGGCGUCGAGCUGAGCCUCCAGGCCGUCGAUGCCUACGUGGCCGCCGGUGCCGCCCCCCAGAAGCUGAACCUCGGCUUUGCCUUUUACCUCAAAUACUUCAAGACCGAGCAAGACGCCUGCGCCCAAACGUCACCGGUGGGCUGCCCCACCGUUGAGAUGGAAGAUCCCGUAUCGGGAGCCGAUCUGGGCCGCUCUGGUGCCUUUUCCUGGCACGACGACGUGCCAAAGCAUCUCCGUGCUUCCUAUGAUAGGGCUCUAGCCCAGGGAGUUUACGACCAUGACCAAGGCGGCUACUACUACUGGGACCCCACCGAGGCACUGUGGUGGACGUUCGAUACCCCGGACGCCAUCAAGCAAAAGUUCCCCAAGGUCAUGGAGAAGCGUCGGCUGGGAGGCGUUUUUGCUUGGGGCCUAGGCGAAGAUGCCCCCAACUACGACCACCUGGCCGCGCUAAACGAGGGUCUGGCCAAUUUAAAGGGACAAUUUACUGAUGAGAGGGAUGAGUUAUAGCCAUUGUGAAUGGGGACUUUGGAAAGGAUGCAAAGUGUUGACGGGAAUCAAGCGCAAAUAGAAAAUGUUUUCCGUUGUGAAUAGGCUAUAGCCGAGGAAGAAGGGGGUUGAGACUAAGUAGGUUCUCUCGUUUGAACUUGCUUUCACUUUACUUUCAUCCCUUUUCUCGCUGAUUUUGGUCCCUACCUUUGGUUUCAGUCAUUGCUUUCAUUCUACCUGGCAUUGACAGGCUGUGUAGCAUUCGCCAUUUCGUGGCCUAAAACCCCAGCUGCGUUUAUCUUCUCCUUUUCUUCCUCAUCAAUAUCCUCCCCCACCAUCGAGCAAAUUCAACACUGCCACUUGCCUUCAGUCGAUUUCUUCGCAACGAGGCCAUGCCCUUUACCCCUCGAGAUUCAU